CAAAAGCAGAACUGGGUGAACAGAGGGCAGCAAAAUACAAUGUUGCAUCAAUAAAGCAUCACAUAUCAACAGGUUUUCAAGAUCGAGGUGAGUGGGCCACUGGGGGUAUGUUGGAGGUUUUCUCAGGAAGAUCAGUUAAGACUUUUUUAAAAAAAUGUUUAAUUAAUGGCUUAUGAUUUAUUAAUCCUCAAUAAAGACAGCACUUUUACUCUUGGGAUCUUAUUAGACAGUGCCCACUUUAAAUUAUGCAGAAUUCAUUAUUCACUCUAUUGCCUCAAUUUUCCUUACAUGUGUGAUUUGCUGGCCUCGCUGAUUUUGCAUUUUAGAGAUUCAAACUUAACCAAAUCUUGUUUCGGUUUUGAACCUCUGCACCUCUGAACGUUUCACACUUGUGGCUCUUUUCUAUUGGCGCAGAAGUGAAAUUAAGACACGUCUGGAAUGCCACGAAACGCAACGAGGAGACCGACAGCUCGUUGGCCAAUCAUAGGACGAGUCCGCCUGGCACUGUCAAUGACGACACGCUUGAAGAACCAAUCAAACGCCAGGAUCUGGGAGGGGCUGGUUUGUUGACAGGAAGUGUAUGAGGCGGAAUCACUACCACAGCCUCUCCUGCUAGCCUUCUUAGGCUGACAAACGGCGGAUUUGGCUUUCUUUCACCACCUCGGAGGCAUGUGGACUUGAAUUAUGCGUUUCAAGACCGACCCGGGGCAAAGAUGCAAUGGAGGUCGAUAGUAGUUGGUCUGGUCGUGUUGAGACUCUCCCUCAGCUGGGUGUUGUGGUUAGCCUUCGGACUGGGACCUAACGUUAGCUGGGGCUUCAACUUCCCCCUCAGUUUCAAUUUGCACAAAUUAGACUUGCUGUUCAGGGAGGAGAAAGGCACCGAACCGAGCGGAACCUCCUGGUCUCAGCGAAUACAAGCUCAGAAAUAUGAAGAGACGGCGACCACCUGUGCGAAGGCUGGAGAGGAGUCAGCCAGGGGAUCCUACCUGAGCUUCUUCGAUGGCAACAAGGACGAGUACGUCCGGAGAUACGGCUCCUUCCCGGACGCGCUGAAAGCCAAGAUGAAAGACAUGGCAAAAGAGAUGUUCUAUUUCGGAUAUGACAAUUAUAUGAAAUAUGCCUUUCCCGAGGACGAGCUGAAUCCCAUUGACUGUGAAGGGAGGGGUCCAGACGUGCUAAACCCGUCAAACAUCAACAUAAAUGAUGUCUUGGGGAACUACUCACUCACACUUAUUGACACCUUAGACACCCUGUUGGUGCUCGGCAAUGUGACAGAGUUCCAGAGAGCCGUCAAACUGGUUAUCGAUACUGUAUCUUUUGACAAGGACUCAACUGUCCAAGUAUUUGAGGCAAACAUCAGGAUAUUGGGAAGCCUGAUCUCAGCGCAUAUUCUGCUGACUGACCCAAAACAUCCAUUUGGCAAGGUGGGCUUUGAAGGUUACGAUAAUGAGCUGCUGCACUUGGCUCAUGACUUGGCUGUCCGUUUGCUGCCAGCCUUUGAGAACACCAGCACAGGCAUCCCCUACCCCAGGGUGAACCUGAAGAGUGGAGUUCCUCCUGACAGCAUCAAUGAGACGUGUACUGCAGGCGCUGGGUCCCUGCUGGUGGAAUUUGGGAUUUUGAGUCGCUUGAUCGGAGAUUCCACAUUUGAGUGGGUAGCCAGACGAGCCGUCAGAGCUCUGUGGAACCUGAGAAGCAAUGAAACCGGUCUGCUGGGGAACGUGGUUAACAUCCAAACAGGCCAGUGGGUUGGCAAGCAGAGCGGCCUCGGAGCUGGUAUGGACUCCUUCUAUGAGUAUUUGCUGAAAUCGUACAUCCUUUUUGGUGAAAAAGAGGACUACCGGAUGUUUCAAGCUGCUUAUGAGAGCAUACAGAACCACCUGAGAAGAGGGCGGGAGUCCUGCAAUGAAGGAGAGGGCGACCCACCUCUCUAUGUUAAUGUGAACAUGUUCAGCGGUGAGAUAAUGAACACCUGGAUCGACUCCCUUCAGGCCUUCUUUCCUGGGCUGCAGGUGCUGAAUGGUGAUGUGGAUAAUGCCAUUUGCCUACACGCUUUCUACUAUGCCAUCUGGAAGCGCUUCGGGGCUUUGCCGGAGAGGUACAACUGGCAGCUGCAGGCUCCUGAUGUGCUCUUCUACCCUUUAAGGCCGGAGCUGGUGGAGUCAACUUACCUGCUGUACCAGGCGACCAAAAAUCCUUUCUAUUUGCAUGUUGGAAUGGAUAUUCUUCAGAGCCUUGAGGAAAAUGCCAAAGUCAGAUGUGGGUAUGCAACUCUGCACCACGUCGUGGACAAAUCCAAAGAGGAUCGCAUGGAGAGCUUUUUCCUGAGUGAGACCUGCAAAUACCUUUACCUGCUGUUUGAUGAGGACAACCCCCUUCACAAAUCCGAUAACAAGUACAUCUUCACCACAGAGGGCCACGUCGUGCCCAUAGACAAGCGCUUCAGGGAGAAACAGUGGAAUGACUUGUUUCCAUGUGAGGAGGGAGCGCUGGCAGAAAGAGAACCACACAGCCAGCCAGCUCCGAGCAACAUCAGCAACUGUAACAGGAUCCCAGAGGAGCGACGGUACGCUCUGCCAUUGAAGAGCGUCUACAUGAGGCAGAUCGAUCAUAUGGUGGGACUUUUUUGAGCGAGUGAAAGGAUGUGGUGACAUUUGCAUGAACAGGCCUUGGAAGAAAUCCACUGUUGGUCAGAAUCCUCAUCAUAUCUGUUCUGCUGCUCAGGAACCAGACAGCAACCUGACACUAAAGGAAUCCUGAGAAAGCAGUGCGAUUUCUUGUUGUAUUAAAUUAAGUUUGCGUCAGUGUUUUUGUUGUUUGGUGGGUGAGGAUUUCAAAUGAGGAGUCAUCCUUUAUUGUUUCUUUUUUGGCUGGUGACUAAUUGAGAUUGUUUAAGUGGUUUUAGGAUAACUGGUGUGUUUUAGUGGAGCAAAAAAUUGUCUGUUCAGGUUUGAGUGCAUGUGCGAUUGUGUGCGUGUUUGUGUGUAUGUGUAUUUUGAAUUACAGCUGAGCUGUGAAUCAUAUUAUUUUUAUGGGAACAGUGCCAUCUAGCCACACAUGUGUAAAACGUAUAGCCUAUAAAAAUACUCACCUCUAAAAACAUCUCUCUGAACAUGAUGAUUAGUGCCUCUUUGCAGUUGAUUCACUCGACUAGAUCAGUGCUUUCACAUAAGGGCUUCACAUUACCAGAUAAUAACAGGCGAUGACUUAUGCACAUACUGUAAAACCCUGUUUCCUGUGAGGUUGUAACAUGUUUCAGAUUGUGCCUGAAGGAACACUGUUGAUCUUUUGUACAUCUGAGGCAAGUCUUCAAAAUUAUUCAAACAGUUGUCACGUCUCUUUGACUCUAAAUCAUUUGUUUUCUUUUUCAUAAAGAGCAAUAUUGCAAGGAUUUUAAAUUGGCUUCUAUUCUGGUUUUGUUUUGCACAUUUGUCAAGUAGAAACAGAAGCAUUGAUCUCUCAGGCUCGUAGUUACUCCAUGUCUUACUGUGGGGACAUAGAUGUGCCAUGACCGAAUGAGAGAGAGGUUCAUGAUGACUCUUUAAAGUGCCUUCAAUUUGUAUAGGUCUUUCUGGAUGCUGUACAGUGCAUAUUAGUUAUAGAUAACAUGUUUGAAUAUGUUCUGAGGCCACUGUUAUUGCACAAAAAAUGUCAUUCCAUGUGUAUGUUCAGUUUUACGCUGAUUAUGACAUUACGCUCCUCUUUAGACAUGACAAAACAAGCCAUAAAAUGUUUUUUUUUUUAAGGUUUAAAAAGUGAAAAUGUGACUGUUUUCUUGUAUUUUUCUGUCAGGCAUAUUGCUACACCGCUUCUCCUGCAUAGUUUCAGGUUCUUGUUUAGAUUCGACAGAAAUUGUCAUUUGCUGUUUCUCUUAAGUGCACAUCAUGCCGGUUGAUUGUCGUGGUGAGAACUCAGGGUUUAAAAGAAACAAAAAUGAAUGAAUGAAUGCUUUCAUAAAAAAAUCUUAACUUUCUUGAAAUGUUGCCUACAAUGUCUUAGGAUAGCCUUAGAUAUUUAUAAUGCAAAUGUUACAACUUGGUCAUCUGAGGUCAAAGAAUAGCUACACUGAAAUCCAGUUGUACUGUGAUUAUUCACUUUUGUUCCUCACACAGGCAGAAAAACUGUGAUGUUUGAUUCAUGUACAGCUCUGCUGAGGUGUAUUUUCCGGCUGGUUCAUUUUUUGCCAAACAUCCUGACUGUACUGGCUGUGUUACUCAUUUAUGUCUGAACUUAAGUAUCUUUGGUUUUGGGAGACAUCUGUUCAUUUUCUCAAGUGUUGUUUAAACUGUCUCCGCUCAUAUCAGUGACAUUACCUGAAUCACUUCUUCUCAAAUUAUUUUUAAAGGAACAGUUUGAGAUUCUGGAUAAUGAUGUUUAUUCACUUUCUCGCUAAGAGUUAAAUGCAAAGAUCGAUAUCACUUGAUAGCCUGAGCGAUGCUUGCGUGCAGAAUGCCAGCUGUGUUGCAAACUUUUGCUGCACAGAAAUUGCUGAUAUUUGCUCUCACAGGCUCAUUCAUGGAUCUUGAAAGUAUGGUGUUUUGGUUAGUGAACUGUCAAAAUGAGUUGCUGCUACUUCCAGCAGCCGCUUACCUUAGGUUAGCACAAAGACUGAAAACAUGGAACAGUUUGCUUGACUCUGAUCAUAACAAAUUAUAUUUACAAGCACUGUGUAUGUCACUACUCAAAUCACAUUUGUUUAAUGUGUACAAAAAAAUAAAUCUUAUAACACUGCUUUGUGGUUUAACAAAAUUGACCAAGACAUAACAUGAUAGCUUGUGAUAUUUAGAGGUGCAAAUAGCUGAUUUUUGAUCACUGUUUCCACUCUUUGUGCUAAACUAAGGUAUCCAGCCACUGAAUGUAGCGUCACAUUUAUCGUGCAGACCCACGAGUUAUAUUGGUCUGAUCAUCUAACUCUGCAAGAAUUCUCAAAAUGCUGAACUGUUCCUUUAAUCGGUAUGAAAAACUAAAUGUGUUCCAUCCUAAACGUGCCAGGUUUCUUUGCUUUAAAGGAACCUGGAAUAUUCUGUGAAAUCAAUAAAUGACGGAUUAUGAACAAGA